GCCUAACAAAAAGGCUAAAAACCUAUCCCCUCCAUCCCCCUCACCCCCCACCCUCCCAUCCAGCAGCAGCACUGCCACCAUCAACUGUUCAUCCACCUCCACCAGAGCUUCAUGCUGACUCCCAAGGAUGACUUGACCACCUGAGCUGCUGCGCGUCAGAGCAUAGCAUUUCUUGGUAUCGGCGGAUGGGUGGAUCACUCACCAGGAGGUGGAUCAGAAGAGAGUACCAGCUAAUCACUGCCAAGAUCCCAACACGCGCAUGCAUCUGUAAGCAGCUUCCACGCUGCAGAGAAUACUAGAUCGGGCGCUGCACAUUCCGAUCAGAAGCUCGGUCGCAUCAGAGCAAGAAAAGUUAUGCUUCUUUGUUGUGUUGCAUCUGCCGAUGACAGCCGCGCGGGAGGGAUAUGGAUCACCACCACCACCACCACCACCAUCACCACCAUCACAUGAUACCGGGCCAAGAACCGUCCGCGGCUGACGGCGGCGCAGCCCCGGACAGCUUCUUCCUCGGCCCCGCCGCGGCCGUCCUCUUCUCCGGAGGCGCCGGGGCGUCAGGUGCCGGCUCGUCGUCAUCCGGCGCUGCGGCCCUCGGAUCCUCGGCGGGGGGAGGCGGCCCGUCGCCGUCCAGCUCGUCGCCGUCGCUGAGCCGGUACGAGUCCCAGAAGCGCCGGGACUGGAACACGUUCGGGCAGUACCUGCGCAACCACCGGCCGCCGCUGUCGCUGUCGCGGUGCAGCGGCGCGCACAUGCUCGAGUUCCUCAAGUACAUGGACCAGUUCGGCAAGACCAAGGUGCACACGCCGGUGUGCCCUUUCUACGGGCACCCCAACCCGCCGGCGCCGUGCCCAUGCCCGCUGCGCCAGGCGUGGGGCUCGCUCGACGCGCUCAUCGGACGCCUCCGCGCCGCCUACGAGGAGAACGGCGGCACGCCAGAGAUGAACCCCUUCGGCGCGCGCGCCGUGAGGCUCUACCUGCGCGAGGUGCGCGAGACACAGGCGCGGGCCAGGGGGAUCAGUUACGAGAAGAAGAAGCGCAAGAAGCCAUCGUCGGCGUCGGCCGCGGCGGCGGGGCCGUCCUCCGAGGGGAGUCCGCCGCCGGGGCCGUCCGGCGGCGGAGGGCCCGACACGUCGGCAUCACCGCAGUUCAUCAUGCCGUGAGUUUUUUCUCUAGCUAGCUGUACUAUAGGUGGUGUCCAUCGCCAUCUACAUCCAUUGAUCCAUCUGAUGAGGAGCUAGCCAGCAGCGGGACUUGGAGUUCUUGGAAUGCCCUUUUUGCUGGUAGAACAACAAGGCUUAGCCAUUGUUCUCUGCAUCUUCUUCUUCAGUGGCUAUAGCAUUUUGCAUUUUGCAAAAGAUUUCUCCCCCCUUUUAUUUCCCCCCAUUUCAUCAGUUGAUGAAUCACUACUGCGUGAGUCGUACUGGUUUGAUCGCCGUUAUUUUAUUCAGCUUUCAAUCGAUUGGUAGCUUUUUAUCCUUUCUUUGGUCUAUUUAAUUUGCUCCUCCGGAGGGAUGCAAACUUGCAAGAACAGUUUGAGAUUCCCAGCAUAUAGCUAUAUAGCUGUUGUGCCGCAUGCAUGGCAUAUGGUGUGGUAGAAGUUUAAUUAGUUUGCAGCAACAAUUUUUUUUUGAUGAAAAGUUUGCAUCAACAAUUGUAAGGCUACUUGCAAGUAAGUAGUUUGGUUCUGACGAUUGCAUUGCUGAGUGCUAUUCA